UAUAGGCUCCGCCCACACAUCUCUAGGCUCCGCCUCCACCGGAUGUCCUCCUCCUCAGGAAGCUGCGGCCCGGGUUUGCGAUGGCCAGGCGGAUCCUUUAUCCCCUGUACCAGUAUGGAAAUCCUCAACUGCGGGUUUUCCGGACAGAUUACUUUUUAACACUGGUAAGGCCUGGUAUUCCACAGCCAGAAGAUACUGUGCAAUUCCGGAUUCCCAUGGAGAUGACCAGAGUGGAACUGAAGGAUUACCUUGAAAGUAUAUACAGUAUCCCUGUGGCAGCUAUAAGAACCAGGAUACAGCAUGGUUCAAACAAGCGGAGAGACCACAAAAAUAGACGAAUCAAGAAGCCAGACUACAAGGUUGCCUAUGUACAACUGGCUGGAGGACAAACUUUUCAGUUUCCAGACUUGUUUCCAGAAACAGAAGAAACCAUUGAACCUGGGUCUUUUGAAGACAUCCAGAAGAAAUUUAUGGAGGAUGAGAAACAGAGGCAGAAAGAUGAUCCGAGACAAGGGGGAGUUCCUCGCUGGUUUGGACUUUGAUGGAAUAAACAUGCUGUUUUGUUUUAGGUAGCUUUGAGAAAUUUUAAUAGUUACAUCUGACAUGGCACUCAUAUUGCAAUAUCAUAACAAAAUAUAUUCCUUCCCAUUUUCAAAAGCCAAUUAAAAAUAUCUUGUUGGUAUCCAGAAGAGAAAAAACAAGGAAGUUUGGAAUCAUAAAAAGGGGUAAACCAGGACUAGUGCUUUAGAUUUUCAGCUCAUUGUAUUUUCAUUUGUGAAAUGGAAUUUCUCCUCUUGUAUCCAUAUAAGGCGUGUAUUAUCCAGGUCAUCUUUUUUUUUUUUUGUCUUAUCCUGCUUUGGAUAAGCUGAUGAAAUGCCAUUCAUAGGUGCAAUAAAAUGAGCCUGGUGUUUACUAUUGUGAGGGCACUAUAACAGUCAAAAUGGCAAGUUACCUCUCAUUUGUUAGAUCAGCUAAAGUUUCUGUUUCACAGUCUUUCUGGGAAGACAUGGUUGAGGAGUACCAUUAAGAAGGAUAAUGGUGCUUUGUUUGAGAAAGAAGUUGCAUGAAAUGUGUCUUUGUAGCCUGAAAGAGAUAUCUGAAGCUUUAAAACGUAUACAUGUGCCAGUGGAACCCAAAACAAUAAAAUACCCUAGCCUUCCCUA